AUGAUUUAUCGUUUGCCUUUGUUCUACUUUGUUCUGUCUCUCCAACAGGGAAUCAUUCAGAGCAUAAUCCAGCGCUACCUGUACGACAUACAGAGGGAGAGUGAAGUCUCUGGAGGAAGUGUGGAGGACGUCAAACACUCAUUUGAACGGCUACGCUUCGACGUCCUGUCCCAGUACCAAGAAAAAGACGAGAGCCUUGCUAUGGCAAUGGACACCGUAAGGGGCGUGGCUUGCAAGCUGUCAGAUACCACUGGGCGGGCCCUAGACUACGACACACCCUUCUCCGGCCCUUUCCCUUGGUGCGCGGAUCCCGGGAACACUGAGGACAACGAUAGCUCGCCCCUUGAUGAAUACGACAGGUAUCCCUUAUCGGCGGUAGCGCGGGAGCAAGAAGUUCUUUUCGAUAUUCACGAGGAAGCUGAAAAGUACCCUCAGGAAUUUGAAGAAAAUGUCAAACUUGUUGACGAGUCGUCAGUCUCGCCCAAGGACGAGAAUGGAGACAUUCCCUUCAUGGACGAAUCAAUGAGCUCCUCCGAAGGAAAACGGAUCUUCAGCGUGAGUGCGGACAAGGCAAGUGCUUCAGAAACCAAAGGCGGGCAGGCAACAGGGGAUACCCCGCAACAGAACGGUUUUUUCCAACGAUUUUAGUGACAUCACGUCUCAGGAUUUCUGCAGCAGACUUUAUUAACUUGACUAUUUCCUCGUCUUUGGUCUUUGUGUAAUCAAAUGCUUCGUGGAAAGUAACCUUUUGCCAAGCAGAUUGCUUUUAGAGAAUAUCGGGUUACUUUUGUCAACAAUGAAGUCAACACACACUCGUGCAUCUCAACAUACACACACACAAACACACACACUCACACACACACACACAC